AUGAUGGAAUCAUUGGAUUUCUUCUCAUGGUCGGGGCCAGCACAUAAGGAUGCCGUCUGCCAGAUCGUCCUGUUCUUCACCGGUCAGUCAACCUGCCAAUCGCCGCUUACCUCGUACCAGAAGCGGUUUGUAGAGGCAGAAACAUGGCCCCGCCAACUCCCAUCCGAGUUCCUCAUUGCGAGCGAGUCCCACAUUACCAGAAGCGCUUGUGGACAGGCACAGACAGCAGACAGACGAAAGACAGACACACUUCUGCAGCUCGUGGUCAUAUUGACGCCCAGCUUUGUAAAUUUUGACUUCACCACUACCAGCUUUGGCGCGAUCUUACCCCAGGACCAGGCCGCGCCAUCACCGAAACACGAGGCGUUGCAAGUACUGCAGGAGAUAGCCGACCUGGAGCCGACGGAGACCGUCAAAGAUCCCCUCCUGAUUGGAGACCAGUUCGAAGCACUCCUACGUCCCAUAUUGCGGACAGCCAAUCCCACGCGUCUUCCGACAUGGGACCCGACAUCAGACGGCUAUGAAUCAACGCCAUAUCCGAACAUCUUAUCGACCCUUGAGGGUCUCGGACUACACUUGGACGAGGAAACCUUUUUCAAUCGACCGCGCCAGGUGCUGGACAUCCUACCUCGCCACCUUUUCCUGAGCGGGUUGUCACUCCCAGGUAGCCUGGCUGUGUACAGUGAGGUGGCUUCUAGUUUCAGCCGGCUGGAAGCGAAGCUAGCUGGAACCUUUCGCCACAAGGCAUCAUGGUUAUAG